ACGAAAUUUACGAAAAUGUCACGCUCUUUUUUGAUGGAUUCCCUGCUCAGCGAUAGGCCCAAUCUGAGCCAGAAGAAGGAGAAACUGGGAUCACCAGGAGCAAGUUCCUCGGCCGCGGCUGCAGUGGCCGCAGCUGCCAUGUUGCCCUCGAUACCCAUGCUGCCAUAUCCAGCCAGUUAUGUGGGCAGCUAUCUCUUCUCCCUGGGCAUCCAGCAGCAGCAACAGCAGCAGCAGCAGCAACACCAGGCUGCUGCCGCAGCAGCCGCAGCAGCAGCAGCAGCUGCCUUGCAGCAACAUCCCCAUGUCAGCUCCAGUCCCGGCUCCCUGUAUCACCCAUAUGCCCAGCUGUUCGCCACCAAGAGGAAAUCCAGCGGCUUCAGCAACUACGAAGGAUGCUAUCCAUCGCCACCGCUGUCGGCCAAUCCCAACAGCAACACCCAGCAAUUGCCGCUGCAUAGCCUCUAUGGAUCUCCAGUUGUGAAUGGCCUUCCUUUACCCGAACCCGGCAGCUUCUGCACUUCUCCUUCGGCCUCUUCGUCGGCCUCCCUGGAUUACACCAACCACUUUGACGAGCCCCAGGGAAAGCGGUUCAAGCACGAGUCCUCCUGCUCGCCCAACAGCUCACCCCUCAAGAUUCCGUCUUCGGGAGUACCCACGGAAAUCACACCUCUGAUCAACGACUAUGCCGACUCCAGCAAAAGGAUUCGCACCGCCUUCACCAGCACCCAAUUGCUGGAACUCGAGCGGGAAUUCUCGCACAAUGCCUACCUAUCCCGUCUUCGUCGCAUCGAGAUCGCCAACCGGCUGCGUCUCUCCGAGAAGCAGGUGAAGAUCUGGUUCCAGAAUCGCCGAGUCAAGCAGAAGAAGGGCGGUUCCGAGAGUCCCACAUUCAAUCUGUCCACCAAUUCCAACGGAAGUCCUCAGGCUUCUCCGGUAUCUCCGCAAAUCAACGUACACGAGCUGAAAGUGGAGGCGUAGGAAAAUCUACAAAAAGAAUUUACCAAUUGUACAGUAGAAAUUAG